UCCCACGACAGACAGGCUCUAGGUGACGAGUCAGACUAAGAGCGGUUCAGAAUCCCUCAACUGAGUCAGAAAGAACAAGGUCCAGUUGCAACACAGGUUGCAGUCAGGCCAGGCCAGGCCUAUGAAGCCUAACCCCGCUUCACAAUGAAUCUCUGUCCUCUGUCUCUCUCACCACUGAUGUUUAGAAUUUACUGCUCCAGCAGGCUGUUCCACCAUUUCCAUUUGCUCCUCAGGUCGGUUCGAUAAGGUGCUGAUCCGUCACCAGGUCAAGUAUCUGGGUCUGAUGGAGAACCUGAGGUUGAGGAGGGCUGGCUUCGCCUACAGACGGCGUUACGAGGUCUUCCUGCAGAGGUAUAAGUCUCUGUGUCCAGAAACGUGGCCUAACUGGCACGGAAAGCUGUCAGACGGAGUCUCCACUUUGGUCAAACAUCUGGGAUAUAAACCUGAGGAGUACAAAAUGGGCAGAUCUAAAAUCUUCAUCCGUUUCCCCAAAACUCUGUUUGCCACUGAAGAUGCUCUGGAGACCCGGAAACAUGGUCUUGCCACCAAACUGCAGGCGGGAUGGAAGGGCUACAGCCAGAAAUCCAAAUACCAAAAACUCAGAGGUUCAGCCAUCGCAAUCCACGCGUGGUGGAGGGGCAUCCUGGCCAGGAGGAGAGCAAAGCGCAGACGGCAGGCUGCUGCUACUAUUCGCAGGUAUGAGCUGUGCAAGAACGGCCAGCAGGAGGCGCUGUCCACCUCCUAAUCUGUCUUUGAUUUG